UAACUCAUUAUAAGAUACGAUUUUUCCGUCCAUAAGGUAAGGUUGUCGGUUCCGGGUUUCCGGAACCAACAACCCCGAAUAUCUGGAAAUUCGGUUCCGGUUCCGGAUAUCAGAAGAUUUCCCAGGACCGCCAACCUUACCAUAAGGGUGUAUUUUCCAUUGAGGUUCAACUGCGAAAUGCUGAUAAUUAUUGUUUUGUUAAAUUUAUUAUAAUUUAAUUUUAAAAUUUUUAAAACAAAAUUAGUUUAAAAAAUGAGAUUAAAAAUUAUUUUAUUUUUAUUUAUUAAUUAUUUAAAUAAAUAUAAUAAUGCUCAAGAAGGUGCCUUUAGAAAGAAUUAUAUUGUAGAGAAAAAUCAAACUUGGAACGGACAUUUUUAUAUUUUACGUGAUGAACAACCUUUCUUUAGAGUUUUUCAUGAAACACAUAGAAAGGUAUUCCGUGAUAAUCCAAAUGCGGGUAGAAUGUCUAACGAACCCCCCUCAAUAGAUGCUCAAUUAAUGGAAGAACACGGAAGUGAUCAACGUUUGAGAGAGGCUGCUCAAUUUUGGCAUGAACAUAAUCAAAAAUUAAUACAUAAUCAAACAAAUAAUCAACAAGAAAAACACUUAGAACAUAAUUAUCCUUUUCAAAGACGAAUUAAACGUGCAGAAAAAUCACAAAAUAAUAAUUUAAUAAAAGACGAUUCAAAAACUUUAAACGAAUUAGAAAUAUUAACAAAAUCCUUAAAUUCCCAACAAAGAAAAUGGAUGAAAGCUGCAUUAAAUGAAAUAAUGAAGGAAGGAGGAGGAGAGGGAGGGGAACAAAAUAAUGAAGAUAAUAUACAAGAUAAUUCUAUGGUUUUAACCGUUAUUGAAAGAAAUCAAAACAAGUAA